AUGUUCUUAAAGCAUAUCGAGUUGACGACCGCUUUGCGUCCCGAGUAUCUGACGGAUGAAGACCUUCUCUUUGUCCAAGACAAUGUGGGGCUCUAUGAGGGGAAGUUCAAACUUCCUAGUCACCAAAAUGGCCAAAUAUAUUUAACGUCGCAUCGGAUAUGCUAUGUCGAUAAAGCUGAACCUCGGAAGCACUCGGUCGCUUUGGAGCUCAAAAGCGUGGAGCGGUUUGAGUUCUACGGAGGUUUUCUUAAAUCAUCGGCCAAAAUCACACUUGUACCCAAACCAACAAAACGCGCCUCGCUUCAGGCUCGGUCUCCUGGCCUAUCGUCUUCUCCUUCCAGAAAUCGAUCUUCUUCUCCUGCAGUCCGCCAUGACGGGCCACCACGCUUAUCGGAACCGACUUCGACAAACACGGCAACAUGGGUGUGCACCAUUUGCAGCUUCUCGAAUCCUGUCCCGUCUAACUUCGAUCCGACAACCGCCAACAUCCACACGCCUCUGCCCUCGUGCCUUGCAUGCGGCAUCAAACCAACUCUGACCUAUGUCUUAAAAGCAGCCAUAUCUGGUGCAACCGGCAGGCAAUCGAGUAGUCAAACGCUACAAACUCCGCUCCCAUCACGGCCCGGCCCAGCGUCGGGACAAUCACUGCUACGUCCUGCCCACGAUGCCCCGCCGCGCAGUUCUGACCCCGACGCAUCCUUCCAAUGCCCUCGAUGUACCUUCCUCAACCACCCCUCCCUUUUGUCUUGCGAGAUAUGCGGUGGACCAUUGAUAUCUCACGACCUACCCACGGACCUUGCACGACACACCCGACCCCACGCAGCGUCCCCCGAUCCGGCGGUCUCUCUAGGUUUAGAGAAUCCCGAAAGUGUUAAAAUUUCCUUUCGUGGCGGGGGUGAAAAGAUAUUUUACGAGCGUCUCAAGGGGUCCAUGACCCAACGCAAAUGGCUCCUGCAAGGUGCGCCGCCUAUCCCAAAGGUCACCCACGGCGGGAACGGUCCUCAGAGUAGCAAUGACACCGCCCCCCCACCUCCAGGGUCAUCCUCUCAAGGACGCCCUAAAAUUGCUGGCAUUGCCGGUCUGGAGCACCACAGUCAGGCAGUGCGCAAGAAUAACGAGCUGAUGAUUGGGACCGCCUUCGAGGACCUCGAGGCGUUAAUGGCCUCGGCCAAAGAGAUCGUCGCACUCGCCGACACCUUUGCGCGGCAAGUUCGCGGCGCACCCGGUGUAUCGGGCGCCAGCGCUAGCGAAAAUGCUCUGUUAGCUGACUCGGUGCAUCAGCUCGGGUUAGUUGCUACCAAAGAUAUCGUCGGCAGCAGCAGCGGUGCCGGUGGGAGCGACUCGUUGUAUCUGUCCGAGCUGGCAAGGACGUUGGCCGAGUUUUUGACUGAUGACCGACGGGGCGUGUUGCGCAAGGCGGGUGGGAUCAUGUCUCUGGUGGACCUGUGGGCCGUGUUCAAUCGCGCGCGUGGCGGUGUCGAGCUGGUCAGCCCGGCAGACUUUGAAAAGGCUGCUACGCUCUGGGGAGGGUUGGGCCUACCCGUGCGGCUACGGACCUUUAAGUCUGGUGUGAAGGUAGUGCAAGGUCGUGACCGUACCGAUGAGACGACUAUUAAAGCGCUGCUAGGUUGGUUAAAGGAUCUGCACGAAUUUCCACCGGAAAAAGAGGUACCUUGGGAUUGGCAUCAAUUUGGACGAGGGGUUACGGCGAGAGAUGUUGCCGAGAGAUUUGGUUGGAGUAUUGGCGUGGCAGAAGAGGAACUAGAGAUGGCCGAGGAGAGGGGUGUAUUGUGUCGCGAGGAAGGUAUUGAAGGGUUAAAGUUCUGGGAGAACUUCAUCGACACGGGCGAAGGGCAGGGAUACCACGCCCCGGAGUCAAAGCAGGAUGGAUUUAUUCGAGCCCUGCGGGAGAGUGGGUUUCUGUAA